AUGGAGGAAGUAAAGGUCAAGCAUAGAGAGUAUUGCUGGAAGUUUGGAAUAAGUGUUUUUCAGGAAGAUGAGGAUAAGAGUAAUAAGGUUGGUACUCUAGGAACUGGAGAGAACAACGGGAAUGCGGUUAUCAGUAAUCCUUGUGGGGUUCAUGGCUGUAAGUCGAAAGCAAUGUCGCUUAUGAGGUUCUGUCAUAUACAUAUAUUAUCAGAGCAGAAGCUGUACAAGGCAUGCAGUUUUGCCAUCAAAAGAUUUCCUGAUACAUUUUACCCUUGUGCAAAGAUUGCUCUUGCACCUAGCAAGAAGAACAUGUGUGUAUGUAUGAGAGUAUGGUUCUGGAAGGCUGAAGACGAACGGAUCGGAACAAAUCGGCUUGCACUGCUGAAGAAAAUAGCAGACUUGCCAAGGGGAUAA